AUGGGUAAUGUGUUCCAAAAGUUAGGCCAUGACGAAACAGAACAACAUAACCUUGCCAAUGAUGACCAGAAGCAGAACAAUGAUGCUUCCUGGUAUGAGGAAUCUCUCAGUGAUGAUCUCAAAUGGUCUUUUGCCUUGAACAGUGUGCUUCAUAGAGGGACAAGCAAAUAUCAAGAGUUUGCUCUCCUAGAUAGCAAGCGAUUUGGAAAGGUGCUUGUGAUUGAUGGAAUGUUGCAGAGUGCUGAAGUGGAUGAAUUCAUUUAUCACGAAUGCUUGAUUCAUCCCCCUCUCUUGUCUCAUCCAAACCCCAAAAAGGUGUUUAUAAUGGGAGGAGGCGAAGGGUCAUCAGCUAGGGAAAUUCUGAAGCACAAGUCAAUUGAGAGCGUAACCAUGUGUGAUAUAGAUCAGGAUGUGGUAGAUUUCUGUAGAAAAUAUUUGACUGAAAAUAAGGAGGCUUUUGCUAAUGAGAAGUUCAACCUGAUCAUCAAUGAUGCCAAAGCUGAAUUGGAGAAGAGCGAAGAGAAGUUUGAUAUCAUUGUUGGAGACUUGGCGGACCCAGUUGUAGGUGGGCCUUGCUAUCAACUUUAUACAAAAUCCUUCUAUGAAAGUAUUGUCAAGCCCAAGCUCAGUGACAAUGGCAUUUUUGUGACUCAGGCUGGAGUUGCUGGUAUCUUGAGUCACAAGGAGGUCUUCACUUCAAUAUAUAACACACUCAAACAAGUUUUUAAAUAUGUGGUGCCAUACACAGCUCACGUACCAUCUUAUGCUGAUACUGUUGGGUGGGUUAUGGCUUCAGACCAACCACUGAACAUUGGAGCAGAGGAAAUGGACAAAAGAAUUGAAGCAAGAAUCAAUGUGGAAUUGCUCUAUCUAACUGGUGAAUGGUUUCAGUCAGCCAUCACCAUGAAUAAGACUCUUUCACAAUCGCUUCAGAAUGAAACUCAUGUGUACACCGAAGAAAGUGCUAGAUUCGUCCAUGGACAUGGUUUGGCUUAUCGUCCUUGAAGACUCAAGCUAUAGGCUGAGGAUAAAUUCUUGUGUACUUAAAAGCAUUGUACUGGGUCUAGAAUUUACUUCAGAACUCAGAAGUAAUGUAUCAGACUCGCUCAGUGCAUCAAGCUUUAAAGUAUGCAGGAAUUUACAUAAAGAAGUUCCAGAACAACCAUUAGUAGCUAAGGAAAUUAGAAGUUAAGACAUUUACAGUUGUUUCAUCAAUGAUUUGGUUCUAUAU